GUUUCGGAACAGAGGCCGUGGCGACUGCUUGCUCAUCGCUCUUAUUCAGCUUAAAAUGCGGUCGGAAGGGGUAUCAGAGGAUGAGAUUCGACGACGGACCACCGGUGGGCUCCAUGACAACACGAAGGCACGUGUACGGCAACUGCGCGAGAGGAUCGUCGCAUCGGCCGACCAGGAGCUCCAGGGCGUUCUCGAUGAAGAUAUUGCAGCAGACGAGGGUCGGACUGUGGAGGAGUGCUUAAAGGAAGGCGAGAUCAAGUCGCUACCGAUGUGGAAAAAAGUGAUGGCCACUCCAGGUGCAUGGAUGGACGCUGAUGCGUUGCACAUCGGGGCGAAAAUACUCCGCCUGGAUGGGGUUGCACUCGUAGAAGCAAGGAAGGGAAACUUUCUGUACGUUCGGACAUAUCCCUCCCUUGCGCGGGGGUUUUCUUCCAUGAUUCUGCACGGUGGCGGACACUUCGAAGCGCUGUACGAGGUGAGAGCGCCAACGCCUACGCCUACGUUGCCGGCUCCAGUCUCGGUGGCGACAGCUUCGGCUCCUUCUGCGCCUACUUCGUCCGAGGUGACCACGGCUUUCGCUUCUUCCCUUUCACGCAAGGUGCCGGUGGUGCCGGCCCCCGCCUGCCUUGUGGAAGACGAGACGAACGUGGACGCGGCAAUCACGCCUAUGGUGCCGGUGCCGGUGAUGACAGCAGCCGCAGACUGUCCGGUAGUAGAGCUGACAUCCUCCGUCGCUUCUUCCCCUGAGCCCAUGGCGCCGGUCACGACAGCCACUACCGACCUUCCGGUACCCGAGGCUUGGGGUAUCCCCGCAGCAGAGACGCGUGUGGACGUGGUACUCACACCCGUGGUGACCGCCACCGUCUCUCCUGGCCAUGAGCCUACUGUGCCCAUGAUGGCAUCCUCGAUCGCUUCUCACGCCGAGCCCGUGGUGCCCGUCCUGACAGCCACUACCGACCGUCCGGUACCCGAGGCUUGGGAUAUUCCGGCAACAGAGACGCGUGUGGUUGAUGUGGUGGCGCAGGGUGGCAACGAUGCACCGGAUGCGAGCGCCGACUUCGCGGGAUUCGAGCCUCUUGCCCCCGAUUCGUCGCGUAUAUGCCGAGUUGUUCGCGAUAGGCGCUACCGACCCGCGAGGACUGUCCGCAAUUUCACUAAGCCCGAGCAUUUCAGUGGAGUAACGUACACCAGAGAAAUCAUCGACAGAGAUGAAACAUCACCUUCGACAUCUGAUGUCACGACAAGCACCGCCGUGGCUGUCGACGUGAUUUUCUCUGGUGGUUCCAAACGUCUAUAUGGAUACCUCGAGCGUGCGGUUGGCGGGAGAGGAAGCCCCUUCUUUUGUCAACGUGGGUUUUCGCCGAGAGGAAUGGGGCUCGGGUCUAUCCGGGGAGGAGCAACGUCAAAAGCGGGGGAUGCCGAUGCGGACGCGGAACUGGAGACCCGGUCCACCUGCUCGUUCAACCCCCUCGCGCAUGUCGACGUCCUGGGGGAGUUCGUGUCUUCAAACCCGCACAUCUUCACAGAUGAAAGUCUACAGCAGUUCAUCGAUGGAGGACUUUACGGGGAUGGUGCGGACAUCGUUAUAGCACCGGUGUCAUCCGUCCCCGGUGUGGUACCAUCGGUGCAGCGGGCCUCAGGCGUAUCGGGCGAGGUGGCCGCUGCUGCACCCGGAGAAGGGGAGGGUUUAGCAUCGGUGGAGCAGGACGCAGAGGAGGAUGUCCUAUCUGUGCAGCAGGACGCAAACGUAUCGGGCGUGGGGGCAGCUGUGGGGGCGGCGGUACCCGGAGAAGGGGAGGGUUUACCAUCGGUGCAGCAGGACGAAGAGGAGGGUGUACCAUCUCUGCAGCAGGACACAAACGUAUCGGGCGAAGGGGCUGCUGGGGAGGUUGUACCAUCGGUGCAGCAGGACCCAACGGCCUCCGAUGUCAUCAAGUUGAUGUUCGAGAUGGAGCUCGACAAAACCAACCUUGACAACUUCAUCAAAACGGUGAUGCCAGAGCCGCGGCCUUGUGCCCAAAAAUCGAUGGAUGAAUGGAUCAAGAUUGUCCGGGAGGCACCCAAAUUUCAGCAUAAUCCACUGGAGGCCAGCUCUCUGGGACACAACCAGCUCUGCGUCACCACAGCCCCACCGCAAUCGGCCAAAACCGGUGUUUUAGUGGCACUCAUCAUGCUGAUGGCCGUCAUGAUGAGAGACCCCAUGCCUACGAUACUUUUCACGCAGCUCAAGACAAACGAUUUGGGUCGUUUUGUUGAAGCCAUUGACGAUUUCAACAAGCUGUUCAAGAAGUGCGCCGAAGCAGUUGGAUUCCUCGAUCCACCGACGCUCAAGGCAUUAAGGUCGGACGCCAGAGGUAUUACGCACAAGUUCGGAGAUGCCCUUGUCGCGUGGAAAAAUGGCGGCAAGGAAAUCCCGGUGUAUUUGGCCAUGCAGAGCCAUGCCGGUGUGAGGGAUGCGAAGCCGAUAAUGGAGAAGAUUGACUACGAGGUCGGCCGCCUUCCCGACGACACCGGACGUAUCCGAGUCUUUAUAGGGAUCGACGAGGGUGAUCUUUGUCAAAAAGGAAAGGGUACCACCAAAUGGGACACGGAACUCAGAAAAGCCUUCCGCAAAGACUCUUUCGGUCCAAAGACCCUGCUGGACGUGGCAUCGUCAGUGGCGUUCGUGACUGCGACACCUCAGGCACUAGUGACGACCGCGCUACCGCUUGACGGACGAGAGUUUAUUUAUACCGACUUGCCGGUGUCGAAGAACUACUGCGGCUACGGGGAUGGGCUGGUUCAACCCGUGGGAUUCAAAGCCAUCCGCCGUAUUGAGGUGGAAGGAAAAGAUGAGAUGGGGAGAGGGGUUCGGCAACAAUUCUACGACUACGUGGCAGAGUCCGACAAGCCUAUUGCGGGGAUGGUUUACACGAACGGCGAUACUGAAGGCAGCGUUGACGCCCGGAUUAAGGAAGCGUGCGUGACGGCUGUCAUUUAUAGAGACAUCUUUCGCUUCCUUACGUGCUCGUGGAGCGCUGGAAAACUGGACAUCUUCACGCGGUCACGGGAUCUGCAAACGGCAAUCGAAAACAUUCAAAUCCGCAACGGCAGAAAUGUUUUGGUUAAGGGGUUCGUCAAAACCGGUCCCGAGAACCAGGGCGUCGUCCACUACAAAGGGAAGGGUAUCACCGACUACCCGCGCUUUGUUACGGCAGUGAUGGAAGCUCUCCGAGAAGUCUCCCCCAAUGACGACUUCUUCAAGUCGAUUCUCUUUGGUCGCGAGAUGGUAGCCCGGGGAGUGCCGGUCUGUGGGACGAACCAUAUGCGACACUUGGACUGCGCGCUCAUCAUCAUGCCGGGCGCGAGCUGUGAGAAUGUUAUACAGGUUUUUGGUCGCAUUUGCGCCGUGAUAGAGGCGUCCGUUUCUUCCCAGAUGGAUUUGGUCGUGUUCGGUCCCAAAAGCACCCACGACAUCCACCGAAAGGCACUUGCCACAACCAAUUUCUGCUCCAGAGCGUUCGCCAUUAUGGCUGAGGGUGGGCCGUCGGCGCUAGAAAAGCUGGAAAGCAUGCGGCGAGAAGUCGCUGAGGGCAACCUGGUGGAAGACGUAGACGGCAUGAUCGAGUUCUUCAAAACCCGCCUCACUCGAUCUGGUCCCCAGUGUGGGGCAAAAAGAAUUGCUACAGAGAUCGAGAACCUGCAGCGAGAAAACAAGAAGCAGCGGCAGAACGAGAUGGAAGGGACUGGUGCUCCCGACGACCCGCUUGAGCUCUCCGACGAACCCGGCACAGGCGAUGCGGGCGAGCGCGAUGCACAGCCGGUGGAUUCCAUGGAGGUGGAAGAGAAGGAGCAGGAGCAGCAGGAGGCGGAGGAGGCGGCGGAGGCCCCGGUGGAGGAGGAAGACGGGGAGGAGGAGGAAGCGGACGGAGAGCCUGAAACGACCAUAGAAGAUUUUGUUGCUGAGAACAGGGGAGUAUUGGUCGAUAUUUUCAGGAGUUGCGUACAGUGUUACGAGCACGGGUUGAGGACAAGGAAAAUGGCAGAAUAUAUGGCUCAUAGCCGUCGCUAUCCAGGUAGUGCAUUCGAGGCCACGAAAAUCGUGAAGCACAUUCGGAAGAACGAACGGGGCAGGCGGGGUAUCCUCCAGGAGUCUGGUGUGAUGUUUGACAAGAAGGAUAGAGUCUUCUUGUUAGGUCCUCGCAAGCGUAAGAAUUCGCGCAAGCAUAGGAAGUCGUAAAUUUGGUUUUCUGUAAUGUUUGUGGGGGUCGAUCGACAUCGGCAGACUACAACAUGUGUACUUUCACUCU